AUGGCCACCGCAAGGCCGUGUCUUGCUCAAUUGAGCAGGAGCCACUUAUAUCCGAUUCCACCGAUCUCAUCGAGCUUUCCGAUAAGGCUAUUCAGCACAACCACGCCUGUUGCGAACGCGAAAGGGAAGAAAAUCCAGUCCAAAAAGGUCAAGCCAGAGGCCACCAACCGCCCGGCGAAUCAUAAGAAAGUGACGGAGAAGAAGAAGAAGCCGAAAACUCACUAUACGCAAUAUGAUUUGAAAAAAGAGGAGCAGUUUUCGCUGUUGGAUGCCAUGCGAUACAUACGGGCAUGGGAGGUCGGACAGAAACCAACAUCUGUCAAAUAUGAGAUGCAUCUCAAAAUCUACGGCCUGAAGAAUGGUCCGGUUGUACGAAAUCGAAUACGCCUGCCACAUCCAGUUAAGACGGACUUCAAAGUAUGCGUUAUCUGCCCCCCAGACUCGAAAUAUGCAGAGGCGGCGAAGGCUGCUGGAGCUAUGUUAGUAGGAGAGGAUGAAGUCUUCGAUGCGGUGAAAGAUGGCAAGAUUGAAUUUGACCGAUGCAUUUGCCAAACGGACUCCAUGUCGAAGAUGAAUAAAUCUGGAAUUGGAAGGAUCCUGGGACCUCGCGGGUUGAUGCCCAGCAGCAAGACGGGAACUGUCGUGGCGGACCCGGUCAAGGCGAUGAAGGAUAUGGUUGGAGCUUCGGAGUACCGUGAGCGUAUGGGUGUUGUCAGGAUGGCAGUUGGCCAGCUGGGUUUCACCCCACAGCAGAUGUCGACCAACAUCAAGGCCUUCAUUGAGGCUGUAAAGGCGGAUAUAGGACGGUUAAGCGACAAGAUCAACAAGAAUCUGGCGGAGGUGGUGUUGAGCUCUACGAAUGGGCCGGGCUUUCCACUUAGCGGGAGUCUGAAGGAUUCGAAAACAAGCGUCACGGAGAAGGAGCUCUCAGGGUCAUAG